GACACUCUCGAGCGGACUUCGGCUGAUUAAAUGUGACAAUGCGGAAGUUGGUGACGCACUGGACGUCUGGGCAAGCUUGGGAGAUCAGGUGGUGGGGUUCAAGGAGCUGCUUCGGAACCAGCAGCAAUGUUGACUCGCUGUGUGGAAUUUAGGGCAGUUUGCAGAUUGCAGCUCACGAUGUUACGUGUAGUUUUGUUCGUCACGCAGAUUGUGUUUUGAGCCUCGAGUCCUGGUCAUCUCUGCGUUCACUGCGAGGGAGGAGCGAUGUUUUUUGAUCUCAAUUUACCGGUCGAUGGAGUGGGUGAGCUCGCCAGGAGAGAGGUGGUUGCAAUGGCCUUGCAGCUGGGUUACAGCGGAGUGGCGGCCAAUCAUUUCGUGACAGGAGUCAUGGGGGAAACUGAUCGAUGCAGAAUUCGUCCUCUAGAACUUCAGUUUAUUUUAGCUGCAGCACCGGCAGUUGCAGAGACUGCAAAGUUUCAUCAGAAGGUUUUAGGUGUACCUCAGGGAUUACCAUUCCGCCAAUUCUCGCGAAUCACAGUUUUUUUGGAAACUAUGAAUCAGGCCAAUACGAUCAAUUCAGCUAACCCUGUGCUCAAGACUUAUGAUUUGGUUGCCGUCCAGCCGACUAAUCUGAAAAUGUUCAAUCACGCCUGCACUAAGCUAGAGGUGGACUUGAUCUCCCUCGAUUUUACUCAGAGGGUCCCCUUCCGAAUGAAAAAAGCUAUUGUGAAGGCAGCAGUUGAGCGGGGGAUAUAUUUUGAAAUAUGCUACGGCAGAGCUCUUUCGGAUCAAAAGGCUAGAAGAGAACUGUUCACAAAUUCCAUGACAUUGCAAAGUGCAGCAGGUGGACGCAACAUUGUAGUAUGCAGUGGUGCCCGAAGGGCAAUGGAAAUGAGGGGACCCAAUGACGUCGCCAACAUGUCCAUUCUCUUUGGGUUUACGUCGGAAUCAGCAAAGAAUACCAUCUCGCGGACCUGCAAGUCGCUGCUUCUCCACGGAAUAACGCGCAAGACGCACAAGGGCGCCAUUCAUGUGGAGCGCAUCUCUCCACAGAGUAAUCCGACUGAGAGUGGAACAUUUAACGUUCCUUCGGACUGGGAUCCUCUCUCUGUGAGUGGGGCAUCAGCCGAUUUCAUCACGGUGACCGAGACCACGAGCAAAACUCUACUUAACACGAACAAAGUAGGAACUUCAGAAGUUGUAAAUUUUGUCGAUACAAAACCCUCAAACGAGGAAGAAAUAUCUAAUUUCGUAGCAAGUGAAGAUACACCGGUUCCGCUGUUUGUUAAUACCUCACCUGUAGCUGAGGCACUCAGCGCAGCGAGAAAUAGGUCUGAUCCGGAAAAGGUAGUGAGCAAGAAUAAUUCAAAACUGAUUGAUGCUAAACCCAAGGGGAAACAAAAACGUGGACCCGCAUCCGCCAGUGACAAAAUUGAGGAAGCUGAGGGAAAAAGCAAAGCGAAGCGUCGCAAGAAAAAGAAGUAGGUCAGUUCGGAUCGAGGAUCUGGAGUUCCAAGCUUUCCCUGUUAAAAUUCCGUUUAGUUGAGCAUUUUUGUAUCACUUUGCGUAUAUGCUAGCAACGCAGCAAUGUCCCAUGUGUAGAGUGACUCAUCGUAGUGAUAAUUCUCUACCUGUGAAGGACGAUUGUGUAUGACGCAUACCCGGCCCAGUCGAAUUGAGCCCAAAGUCGCGUUAUCCCCUUCGAGAAUUGUACACCUUGGGUAUAUAUACGAAUCCUGUGCCGUAGCAAUGGAUCGAUCGUGCUUCCUUCCUUCUUCGUAUCAAAUCGGAUCGUGGGCUUUGCAGACCGAAUCUGUCCAAGGAACUGGAAGGUGGGAAGUGUCAAGCGUCGUUUGGCAAAGCUCAGUAACAGUUGACUAUGCAAUUCGGA